UCAAGCUUGUCUCCGUAGUGAGGGCGCAGGGCGGGGCUCCGGCUAGUGUAGUACGUGUGCUUCACACAGCACUUAGCUUCAGUAAGCCAACGCUAUAGCAGAAGUCAGAAUCAUGGUGCUGCUUGAAAAUGAUUCGUUUCUCACAGAGCUCACACGGCUGUUCCAGAAGUGCAGAACAUCUGGCAGUGUUGUCAUCACGCUAAAGAAAUAUGACGGGAGGACAAAGCCAGCGCCCCGAAAAGGCCACUCUGAGACAUUUGAACCAGCAGACAAUAAAUGUCUCAUCAGAGCAUCUGAGGGCAAGAAGAAAAUUAGCACAGUGAUCAGCACCAAAGAAGUAAUCAAGUUUCAAAUGGCAUACUCCAACCUCCUUAGAGCUCACAUGGAUGGACUAAAGAAGAAGGAUAAGAAAAGCAAAAGCAAGAAAACCAAAGCCACCUAAUGAGCAACAGACUCUAUAACAUAACCAUGGGUCCCUAAACUGACCUGUACGAUCUGAGGGAACGGGAAAGGCCUCCACUUGGUCUGUGGCCCCACCCGGCUUUUUCCCCAUUCACCUGAGGCCUCAGAAUCACUGAUCAUCCACCCGGUGACCGCUUUGAUAAUAUGCCAUUGUCUGCAUGGUAAUAUCUCAUUCCUGGCUACUUGGUGCAGUUGGCAACCUGGAACAGAAAACCUGAGGAUUUCUCGUGCAGGUCGAAGCAGGUCAACUUUAUUGAAUCUCCACCAUUACUGCUUCGGAACCAGGUCAUCAACAGCUGUGUUACCUCUGGAGCCAAAUCCAUGGAGUCCACCUAUUACCUGCCGUUCACACUAUUUAAUUGUUAGAGUCCAUAUUUAUGUUAUAUUUACAGCUGACCUAUGAGCUGUGCUGCCCUUUUUCAAUUUGACUGCGUCUCGAAAAUAAUUUACUGCAAAGUUGCUUCGAAACAACAAAAUCAGAUCAGAUUUGAUGUAUUUUUAACCCUUUUCCUGCAUUGAGCUUGUUAUUGGAGAGGGGAAUUAAUUGUUAUCAGUUUUUAUUUUUAUUUUUUAUUUUUUACAUCCUGAAGUACAAUGAAGAUAAUUUGUUUUGAACCACAGUUUCAUACCAAGCUGUCAGACUGGCCAUCUUUAAAUUGUUAAAAUGUGUAUCUUCAGUUAAUGUGGUUACUUGAAAAUGAAUAAGAUUUCUGAAUGAUGACAUGACACAAUAUGCUAAAAGUAAUAUUUUACUGAAAGGCAUGUUUGAGUUAUGAAUACAGAGACAUUUGGCUGUAAUUCUAAUGUAAUUUCUGUUAAUCACUAUUACAAGGCAGGUUUAACUGCAGCCGGUAUAUUUUAUCAGCCUUUUGUAAUGUCUCUUCGUGCUCCCAGGUCCUCAUGGAAGAGGACUGCAGCAGGAUCGAAGUUCAGAAAUAAAGUGCGUUGUUGAAAGUCA